AUGCCCGAUUCUGAAUCAACGAACGAUAAUCCCAGUAAACAGCCUACUGGUAGUUCUAAAAGAAAAAGAAAACAGUCAAUUAAAAGAAAUAUAGUAAUAAAUGAAAAAAAAGAAUCAAGUGUUUCAAAUAAAGUUUCAAAAGUUGAAAGAAUGUAUGGAAAAAGAGUAAAAAAUGCAAAAGUAAAACAAAAAAAAGAUUUUGAAGACAAAGUUUCCAAUAAAAAUAAUGAAUUGAGUGCUGAUGAUAACGUAAAUACAACUGCUCAAGAAGAAUCAUCAUCUAUUUUAAAUGCUAACGAGGAUAAUAAUGACAACAUGAAAUGUCAAUCUAUAGAUUCUGGUAGUUCAAAAUGUAAUAAUACCUCAGAACAACAAUGUCAAAAUUGUAAAUUUUGCUCAGAGCAUAAAAUUACAAAAGAGGACGCAGAUGAUUCUUGUAAAAGAUCGAAAAAAAAAUUUGCCUGUGAAUUGUGUGCUAAAGAAGGAUCACCAAAAGUUUAUAACAGUAUUGAAAAACAUAGACAACAUAUGGAAACAGUGCAUGAUACUUCUAAAAAUGAAGUAAAAAGAUUUGAAUGUACGGAAUGUCCUAAAACUGUUUGGUUUCCGACAAAAUCCAAAUACACUUAUCAUUUAGGUACAAAACAUCCAGGUGUUAUUAAAUUUGUUUGUGAAGUGUGCACAGAAACAUUUAUAUUAAAAGCAAAUUAUAAAAGUCACAUGAAAACUCAUAAUAUUGUCAUUCAAAAAAAAUAUUCCUGUGAUGGAUGUAAUGGUACAUUUGUUAACAAAGCUGGAUAUGAGGCACACAAAAAACGAUUUCCUGGUCCUCAUAUUAAACAGAGUUGUUCACACUGUGGAUUUUCUUUUUCCAAAGAAAAACACUUGAUGAAUCACAGGUGUAAAACUCUACUCUUGGAAGAAGCUGCUGCAAAAGCUAGUAACCAAAAUCAAGUACAACCAACUUUAGAUAUUGUAGAAUUAGAUACUGUAGUUAAUGAAGUCGAUGACAGAGGAGAAGAUGAGCCUAUUUUUAUCGAUGAAAAACUCACUACUGAAGCUUCGACAGAUACUGAUUUACUACAGAAAAAAGUUAACAAAAAUGAUUCUCAAUUAAAUAAAAGAGUUGUAGUGCACAGAAUAAUUCCGAGAAGAGCACAAGAUCAAACAGUUUACAGGUUUGUGCAAAUGCAAAAUGUAUCAGAGCCAGUUGUUGUGCAAGAACUGAGGGAAAUUGAUUUUGAAAAUGAUUUCAUAAUAGGUGGAAAAAAUCAAGCAGAAAUAGAAUUAGCUUCCCUUUAA